UCAUGGGGCCCCCGGGCAAUAGGGGAUUAUGGGGCCCCUGUGUCCUUGCCCAAACUCAAAAAAAGCCUAUGAAAAAGGUACCAGGGGCAUCUCAUGGGGCCCCCUACUGACCCUGGGCCCUCGGCCAGUGCCCGAGUUUCCAAAUGGUCAGUCCACCCCUGCUCCCACCCCACACAUUUUUUAUGGAGUAUCACCAUGAUGAGCUACUUCAAUAGCAAUUUGUAGCAGUGAUAAAUCUCUGUACCAAAUUGCACAUAUGACCUGGAUCUUACCAUCCCUGUAACUUUAACA